UCAUUAAACUCAGCUUUAAAUUUUCAGUAAUCAAUCGAUUCGUCAACAAACAAAUACACGAGAUUUUCGAUUGGAGUUAUCUUUUAUUCUUCUAGAAAAUAGGAGCAGAUUGAAAUGUCUAACAAGGCAUCAAACAGUUUAGAUGCAAGGACUGAGCUGGCCGAAUUAGUAAAAAGGAAAGCGGAAAUUUCGGAAACGCUCGCGAAUUUGGAACGGCAGAUUUAUGCUUUCGAGGGUUCCUACUUAGAGGAUACACAACUAUAUGGCAAUAUCAUUCGUGGAUGGGAUCGUUAUUUGACCACCAACAAGACAACUAAUUCAAAGGCUGAUAAAAGGAAUCGAAAGUUUAAGGAAGCUGAACGAUUAUUUUCGAAGUCGUCCAUCACAUCGAUGGCGGCUGUGAGUGGUCUAGUGGAUCCCAACGAUGCCAAGCACGACCGCAACAGUGAAUCGGAUUCGAUGACGAACGAUGAUUCCAGUGACAAUCAGAUGGGUGCCAUCAAUUCGAAUUCCUCCCUUGGUUCCGGUUUGGAUAAUUCACUGAAAAACUCGGUCAGCAAAGCAGUUAACUCCUCCAAAAACAGCAUAGAGAAAUCGUCGUCUUUUCUGAACCGAUCGAUUACCCCUACCAAGGAGGUGGUCACUCCGGCCAAGGAAUCUACAACACCUAGCAGCACCGCCAAACACAAGACCAACGUUGGUUCGGUAAAGAAGAACAAUUCGAAUAAAAAAGUGCGACAUCGCUAAAUGGUCCGUUUAGUACUGAAUAUGACGACUUUCGGCGUUAAUUCGAGUUUGAACUUUCUUGUUUGAAAUCGUUUAAAGUGUAGGUUUUGUUGAUAAGAGUAGAAUUAAAUUUUAAUGUAAG